AUGCAUUCCACUACUACCUACCUCUCGGUGACCCUGUUGGCAGCCCUCAUGCCCACUGCUACUUUGGCUCAUGGCUACCUUGUCGACCCCCAGCCAACCUUUGUAAACCCCGGCGGGGACCCAACUGGUUAUAGCGGCACGAUCGACGGCAAUGUCGCAUUGCCUGGUGAGAACUACAAUCUAAGCCCCCAAGACAACACGAUUGAGUUCACCCGUCAGUUGAAGAAAUCGUCCUUUGCCUCACUUCGGGCUUUCAUCGACGCCCAGGGCAACACGGGGGGCGAAUGUGGGCUGACUCGAGCCGACGGAACCCCUCGUUCGUUGCCAUCGGACAGCAAGGUCAAGUGGGCCCAUGGCUCGGAAGGGUUUGUGUUGUCGCACGAAGGCCCUUGUGAACUCUGGUGCGACGCCACGCGAGUGUAUGAAAACGACAACUGCGCCCGAAACAUUCCCGACGGGGUCAUGCCUAUCAAUUCCAGCCAAUGCCAAGGGAGUGAAAAACUGAUCAUGCUGUGGCUCGCGCUCCACACGUCGCAGUGGCAAGUGUACAAGAACUGCGUACGGUUGACUUCUGGCGACGGAUCCUCCCCCCACCCUCCCCCGUCCUCGUCAAGUGGAACCCCAACCAUGAACCCUCGUCCCCCAUCCUCGUCAACUCCAACGUCGCAUGCCCCCAAGUCCACGUCGCCGUCGUCGGAGGAAGAAGCCCAGCCAUGGCAGCAGUGCGGAGGGAAGACUUUCAAUGGCCCCACUCGAUGCGUCGCACAAUACGCCUGCGUUUGGAUGGACGACUGGUACAGCCAGUGCACCCCCGCUGCCGAUGAGGCUGCGGAGACGGAAGAUAGGUGA